AAGAGGGAUGGGUGGUAGGGCUUCUACACGUAGAGACUGUACAGAUUGACUUUAUGUUUUAGCUGUGUGUGGAUGUUGGCGUUCUAUGUAGUUUCCUGUGCAGGUGAAGCUUGUUGAUAUCCACGAAGACAAUACACAGUAGUUGUGGAGGUGGGGGAGGAAAGACAAUGGAACUAAGAAGCAGAGCAGCCUUCUUCUACAUGGAGAACCAUAGUGAGACUCGGUUCUGGAUUACUGAUCCGCUGAUCUGACCAUUUGCUGUAGAAUGGGAUCCUCAAACCACAAGACUUAAGAGGCUGAGUUAGCUGUCCUGUCUUUGGAUGGACCCUCAUCUUAUUGGCUACCCAUUAUUGGCCACCCGAAUGGGUGUGGUCGUAGUGGAGAAAACUGAUGAGAGCGACCAAUGGUAUGAAGACUUCCAGUGUUGGCUCUCCUCAGGUGAGAGGGGCCCCCAGUCCAGCCCUGUCACCCCCCACCGCAACCCUGUGACCCCUCAGCCCAGCCCUGUGUCAUCAGAAGGGGACGAACCUGGACAAGGGAGGAAGGUGUCUUUCUUUGAUGAUGUCACUGUCUAUGUGUUUGAUCAGGAGAGUCCCACCAGGGAGCUACAAAGUCACUGGCCAGAGACCAACAGCAAAGAGACCAAGGGUCAAUCUCCAAUACCAAUUUACAGACACACACCUGAGACCAAUGAUCUAUCCCCAAUCCCGCCCUGCAGCUAUGUCAACCAUCUACCUCACAUGGCAACCUCAGGUGUCUGCUUAAAGGACAAUGCCCAGUAUCCGCCUCUGGGGAUGAGGAGAUGGAGGCCUAACAGCGUGUUUGCUGAAGGAAGACAAUGUGAUGGAAGACAAAUCUCCAGAUAAACAGAAGAACAGAAGAGCUCAACAGUGGGACCUUGCUGUUUCACCACUAGUAAACACUACACAUACUCCCUUUACAUUCUAUGGACCUGACUAAGGGUCCAACUGCAGGGGUGAUAAACCAUCCCCACCAAGAGUCAGUUGUUUACCUUUCAGGGCUGUGGCUGUCUCCCAAUAAGGAUUAGCCUACGCAACGUGUUAACAAUAACAGAGGGCUCUGAUGAUCAGAACAUAGCAAUGGUGACCUGAUAAUCCUACAUUGAAUAAAUGGGUUCCAACAAUGGGAAUCUCUUGAUUCACUCAUCAAGUAUUUGACAGCCUGCAUAUUUAAAAUGUAAGAACAUUUUCAUCAGGCUUUUCAUCAGCUAACUACUGUACUGAUAAGAGCUUGAUGUUGAAAAUAAAACAUUUCUACAGUCUUCAUUUGAUUUGUUUCCCCUUGCCUAUCGUGAACGGUAUCUCAGUGAUAAGUAAUACCAUGCUGCAACAAUAGGUCACACACACACUAAAAGUGACUUCAAAAAUAUAUAAAUGUGUUUUGAUGAGCUACUUGGAGGGAUUCAGACAAUUAAUGGGCGGGUGCAAGGAGUGGACUGAUACAUGUGGGAAGCCUCCAGUUGAUUUUGACCAAUGAAGCUGAUAGUUUUAGCCCUGUUUAUACUUGGUUCUAACAUGCGUCAUGUUGUCGGUCAUGUCUAGACAGGAUACAGCUUUUGUCAAAUUGACCUCAAAGUAGAUUUUUUGGGCGUUUUAGCUAACCCAUUUCCUAACCUUAACCUGAUUCUUCUAACCUGCUACGUUCAUUCUCCUAAACUGCUGCAUAGGUUCUACUAAACCUGCUACAAAAAGAAAAUUGUGACAAAAGCUGUAUCCCUUCUAGACAAAACCUAAUUUGUCCUGAUCUUGUCCAAAAUCUAAUUGUGCCCACAUUUUAUAGACAGGUGUCGACUUUUAAAAUACACAUUUUGAUAUGAUUGUCAUUUAAUCUUACUCACCACCUCUGGAGUGGUCUUUCAAAUAAUUUGCAUAAUUUGCAUACAGGGACCAGGAUAUCUGGUCACAAUGCGGAGACCGUGGAUGGACCUAGAGAGAUACAUUUUACUACCAUGUCUCGAUCAGAGGAGGCUGGUGGGAGGAGCUAUAAUGGCUGGAAUAGAAUAAAUGGAAUGUGUCAAACUUGUAGUUUCCAUAUAUUUGAUGUGUUUGAUACUGUUCCCAACUAUUCCAUUCCAGCCAUUACAAUGAGCCGGUCCUCCUAUAGCUCCUCCGACCAGCCUCCUCUGGUGUAGCUGCAAAGGCUUCAAUGUGGGCACAAUCAGAAUGUUGAUAAGACCAGGACAAAUGAAGCAUGUUAGCUUCAUAGCCUCAGAUGUAAACGAGGCUUUUGGCUACGCACGGGCACAGAUGACCACGUCCGGAGUCUGAGCGCACUCCCAUUGGCUAAGCGAGCGCAACGUGUACAUUACAGCAGCGACAGGUACCUCACAUGCGACAGUUAUCUUUCAUCCUUGGAGCAGAACGACAGACGCUUCUUCCACUCAACCGAAACUUUAAUUCUGAGGAUAUUAUUGAUGUUUCACGGUGAAAACUAUUCUUCUACAUACACAGGCAUCUUACUUUCAUUUUUAAAGUGUGAGGAAGAGGGGUCACUGAAUCAGGCUGAAGGAUGAAGUCUAAAGGGAAGGCCGCUAAGUCAUCCAGAAAACCCUGGACUGAGCCAGACCCCGAACCAGAGACCAGUGACACCAGUGAACCAGGCUCUAGCGAACAGGAGGGCUCUGAGGCUUCGGUCCAUAUCGGAGGCUCCUGGAGGGGGGUCCUGAGGGGCGGGGACCGCGAGCAAGGUAGAGGAGGAGGGGGUGCCACCCACAACCCCCACAGACGCCAACGGUCUCACAACAGCAACAAAGAACGCAACGUCCGGCGGCUGGAGAGCAACGAGCGAGAGCGCCAGCGCAUGCACAAACUUAACAACGCUUUCCAGGCCCUCAGAGAGGCCAUCCCGCAUGUCAAAAUGGAUAAGAAGCUCUCCAAGAUCGAGACGCUGACGCUGGCCGAGAACUACAUCAAGUCCCUGACCACCAUCAUCCUGGGGAUGUCCAGCGCCCGCCUGCCCCCCGGGGAGACACCGACAGAGGCUAGCGCUGCCAGACUGCUCCAGUGUUACCAGCAGCACCUGGAGGAGGAUGGGGAGGAGAGCCUGUCUCAGUUCCUCACCCAGAUUCACAGCUUUAGCCAGGAAAGCUAACAGCUAGCAGGUGCUAACUCAACAGCCGAAGGGUUGGAGCAUUCAUGCUUGACUUGGGGAGCGAAUCUCAACUGACACUAUCUCCCAUAUUGUGCAAUGCUACUGUACUUAUGACCGAAAGUAGUACACUGUAUGGGGAAAGAGUGUCAUCUGAGAUGCAGCCUUAUACUCCACCAAGCUAGUGAGCUAUAGUGACAUACCUGACAUCACCAUGCACUAAAUGGAGCAUACAAGAACUUGACUCAGUAACUCUAUUAGACAGUGGUGGGAGGUGAUUCUUAGCACCAUACCCUUGACAUUAAUUCUAAGAGAACAUAAUGGUGGAGUCUAAGUGAAGACACAGACAGCAUCCUCCCACCUCUGGCUGGCUGAAGCAAAGCACCUGUGGACUUUGCCAGUCUAGACAUAGGCCUAGCAUGAAUAGUGACAGACAGAAUACCCAGAGGACCAUGAUAAAACAUAUCACUUGGAUUCUGACUCUGAUUGGUGGUGAGAACCAAGAGUGGACCGACUUCUGACCGACCAACGUCAAAGAACAAUUCAGCGCCAUUUUAUUUAAUCUGUUUCAUUUCAUUGUCUUUUAUUUUCAUAAUAUUUUUCUAACUGCUGAUUACUGUAGUUAAUUGGUCAACAAUGUAAAAUAACUGAUUGUCAAAGUAUAGUUCAUUCUCUAACUAAAAACCAGCAUACACUGUGGCCCUCAGGGGCCACAAGCUGUGUAGAUAGGACAGGCCACCCCUGCUGUAGAGGAAGACUUGUUUUCAACCUUUUAGGACCAACGUUUGGUUUUCCCUGCUGAGCACUGCCUCUGGACACAACAGUCACAUACAGGACAAGGAUAUGCUUAAAUAGACUGGUCCUACAGACUUUAGUCAAAUACUGUACUCUUUAAGUAAGGAAACGAAAACACACCAUCAUUUAAAUGAAGUGAUGAAGUGCGAAUCGUUAUGACUGUAGAUAUAUGUAUACAUGUGGGAAAAACAGUUUGAAGGGUUGAAGCAGGGAAUUGAACCCAUGCCUUUGGUGAAGAAGCCGGCAGUUACCACUAGACCCACAGGCUCUGCAGAGAUAUAUAUUUGUACAUGUCAGAAUUGAUGUGUUGACCAAGUGCUCUCUGUGACCCAUCUCCAAACUGCAAUGGUAUCUUGCAAGUGUAUUUACAGAGCUGUAAAAGGGUCCUUUCAACGGCAGGAUAGUGGGUUCGAAUCCCGGGAACACGUGUAUUAAAAAUGUAUGGAUACAUGACAGUAAGUCACUUUGGAUAAAAGCGUCUGGGUUAUUAUAUACAAAUAGUGGUGUGUGUGUGUAACAGGUGAAUUUGAUAAUGAAGACAUAUUUAUGUUGCUCUUACAAUGUGUGUUUGAAUUAUACUGUAAUAUCUUUGUAGCCUUGGGUUCCGAGUCUUGGAUCAUGAGAGUUUUGGAUGAUGAGAAUAAAAAAAAUACAAUAAUC